AUGGCCGCCGAUCGCGAAGCUCUUUCGAGGACGAUUUCAGAAGCUGUUUCUAGAGCAGUUACCGACGCAUUGACUGCAACAUUAUCGCCGGUAAGUAUAGAUAAUAUUUCGCCCUUUUUACCUUUUGAAUUUUCUAUGAAUAAAGAACAGGGUAUAACCGAAUGUUUGUAUUUUACAAAUCUCAAUAGCAACUGCCUCGUGUUGACUCACCAGCUGCUAUCUCCCAAGCCCGGCAAACUCUUUCUUCCGCUGGCACUUCUGGGACUGCAAGCAGUAGUCGGAUAAGGGAACAGGUGAUUAUGGUUUUAAAUCUUUUCAAAUAGAAUUUGGAUGUACAGAAGCGUAGGGGGGGGGGGGUGCCGAUGAUUUUUUCCAGGUUCAGAGAUCUUCCUAGUUUUGUGUUUAUCACUGGCCAGCCCACCUAUGUGUUUAGGGACUGGUUAUUACAUACAGGGAGUGGGGGGGGGGUGGAAAAUUCAAGGUACAUAAUUUUUGACAACCCAUCCCUGUGAUCCCAUGCACCCCCCCCCCCAAAAAAAAACAUUGCUAAAAAUAGUAAUGAUCCACCCCUAAUUUGAUAUUUUCCUGGAAACCAAAAGCAGGGGAGCAGGGGAGGGUGAGCCACCAUAAAGUAAUAGUUAUCGAACCACUAAAAUUUCGUAGCAGAGAAGAACCUUGACUUAAAGUCAGCUUAUAUCCUGAGUUCAGCUAUAGUAUAAAUGUGCAAGCGUGCCUAGGAUUUCAACUCACAACCUAUGCAUUCCACCUGAUCUAACUUCUGAAAACAAACUCGCUGAAAGAAUUAACAAAAAUAACACUUCCUGCUGGACACAGUCACUUUCAUGUUUAUAGAUUAAAAAACGGUGGCCCACUCCUGUCAAGAUUACAUUUCACUUUAAUCUCCUUUAGGCAAGUAAGCAAAUCCUUAAUGGUUGAAAAAUUAAAAAGGCAUAGAUUACUUUCCCUCUCUACAUUGUAAAUACUAUAAUUCAAGUUGCUCCAAUUUGUUAAUAUAUAUAUAUAUAUACAUAUACAUAUACAUAUAUAUACAUGUAUAUACAUAAUAUAUAUAUAUAUAUAUAUAUACAUAUAUAUAUAUAUAUAUAUAUAUAUAUAUACAUAUAUACAUAUACAUAUACAUAUACAUAUACAUAUACAUAUAUAUAUAUAUAUAUAUAUAUAUAUAUAUGUAUAUAUAUAUAUAUAUAUAUAUUAAGUCAUUUAUCUCAGAGAUAGUAAUAUUUUAUACGAUUGGAUUGGAUGAACUUUCAAGAGAGGGAUUGAUUAGAGAAUAAAAAAAGUACAAAAAAAAGCAGAGUCUGGGAAAUUUUUAUAGGCCAAUCUGGCCUAAAUUAACCAGGAGAUUGCUAGUAGACAUAAUAUUGUCUGAUUUAAAUUUCAUUUUUUUUAAUUAUGCUUUUGAUGCUUGCAGGAUAAUGUUAGACUACCGUCAGCGUUUGAUCGACUGCAGAACAGUCACACACAUGUCCAGCCAAAAAAGAGAAGAACGCAAAGCUGUAUUAAGCAAAAAGUUGUAAACAAAAAUAUAAUUUGCGUCCUACAAACUGAUGACCCAAGCAAAGCAAUACCUAUUCCAAGGGGAGAGAGUCGGGCACGCCUUGCUGAAGCAGGAUUAACAGGAAAAAUAGCCAUUAAUUCAAUUUGGCAGGAGGCAGAAGUAAGGUGUGAAAUCAGCAACUUGUUUGCUUCAGCAUUUGGCCUAUCAGAUGGAGAAGUUUUGCCCUUUGUAUAUUUAAGGUACCGGUAUUUAAAUUAAAGUGAUCUAACUGUUUUACUUAUUGCUAAUUAACAUAAAUUUAAUUAACACAAUUAAAAAAUAGUGGAGGAGAGUGAGCCUGCAAGAAAAACCUACUUUCUUGAUUUAACUCCUAAUAAUAAAAAUAUUAAAUCUAAUUAAAAAAUUGGCCAAUAAUAUCACAGCAGGGCUAUAGGGAACACGUAGACCAAUCGAAUUAUACGUUCAAAAAUUAAAUGCUGUUUUGUCAGAAAAGCAGGGUUAAUCCUGGAGACCCUGUUCUUGGUUCUCCAUGACUCUGUGAAGACAAAAUGGAUCCUGUUUGGAAACUAAUGCAUGCUGUACACAUUCAUUAUAUAGCAAUGUUCCUGGAGGAAGAAAGUUGUGCAUUCCAAAAACGUCAAGAUCAUUUAAAUGGAAUGCAUCUGAGGUUAUAUCCACAGCAGCACAAGGUUCUUUGUACGUAAUGGCAGAAAUACCUCCACUGACCUGUCCUGCAGCAGAAAAACAAGUAAGUUUGUCUCUUUAUUAAAUGUUUAUGCAAUUGCAGUGUCAUCACUCCUAAAGUUUUCAAAUCUAACAGGGAAAAAGCCAGAAGGAAAGGGAGAAAAGAAUAGAAGGGCCACUCAUGUCAGAAACUUGUGUACCUGUGCAUGUCGCAUCACACAUGUCGCAUUAUGCAUGACCAUCAUUAUCCCGAACAGUCACAACUGCAUGUUAUUAUUAUUAUUAUCAUCAUUAUCAUCUUUAUUAUGGUCCACUAAAGUAUAUGUGCAAAAUAAUUAUAAAUUAAUAACUAAAAGUAAGAAAUAAUCAAACACCCUAUUAAAUGGGCGAGACGCAAACAGGACUCGAAGAACCAUCCAAAGGCGCCUGCCCAAACCUAAUGAAAAGUUACUAGGUUAUUAAACCCCAUUGGUGCACACCUUCAAGGUAUAAAGUUUAAAUUAAGAACUAACGUAAAUCGCCCCAAAUGCGCGUCCCACAAUGUUAAUAAACAUUCUAGUCAGCAACUGGCUGAUCCGCCAUUGCUGCACACAAAAGGGCAUAAUUUUCCACCGCUAAGUUGUUUUUCAUUCCCUAUCCUGUGCAUUUAUUAUGUUACAAUAUCUCAUUCUUAUAUUUGAUUUAAGAGAAAAAUCCUGCAUGAGUCAUAUUUAUACUGUAGUAACACUUGGUUUCUUACAUUUUUAUUGUAUAGAGUUUGUCUGAUAACGAAAGUGAUGGAGACCAACCCGACCUGCAACCGACUAGAACCUUAUCAAUGAUUCAAAGACCUGCUGCCACACCCACUGAAACUCGAAGACCAGUUGUUACUAGCCCCAUUCUUGGAAAACCCACAAUCUCCUCUGAAACUAAUUCACCAUCAACAUCGUAUAAGUAAGCUUUUUACUAUUGCUGUACAGUCAAUAAAGUAUGUCACAAAAACUAUUUUCAUAAAGUAGCUUUUACAGAAACAAUUUCAUCAAUUCCCAACUCUAAAUCAUCAAUAUUGCCAUUAACAAGUCAGGGAAAAUGUAAAAUUGUUAAUCGCUUUGUAAAUCAUGGUAAUUAUGCACAUGUAUAAUAUGAAAAGUAUAACAAUAUAAAAGUAUAUAAGCGGAUGUAUAUUCAACAUGUUUCUGCACUUAUUUGUUUACACAGCUCAUAUGUAUCAUUAGUGGACGAGGACGAAACAACUGUAAUGAUAAGCUCAGAUGAAGAGGAGCCAAUGCAAUCUCAAGGCCAAGAGCAAAGGUAUUGAGCAUCAGUCGAGUUUUAAAAUUUACACAUAUAUAGCAGCGAUGCUAGCAAUGUAGAACGUUAAAGCUGGGGUUGAUGACACAAACGAAGACGCAGUAAUUCCCCAUAAAAAAUAACAUGUGACAAUGAGAUAAUUUGUGUUUUAGGUUUUUCAACCACAUGACGUCAUAGCGUUGACUAUUGUUUUCAAAUCAACGACUCUACGUUACGACGUUAGAACGUUGAUUAAUACUCGAUCGUUAAUGAUAAUCGGUCUGCUUAUUGAUUGGUAUGACUAAUUAUGUCCUUUAUCUUAGAACCAGUCCUGACUUACUUACGUUACAAGCGAUUCUUAUGAAGUUAAGAAAUGAUAAUGUUGACGAACACAGUCACAGGCGGUCAUUAAUUAAUGUCCGAAGGAAGCACGUUUGGGAAGAUGCCAGUCGACACCUGUUAAGAAAAAAGUUCGACCCGAAGGCUAUUAUCUCUGUUAAAUUUGCGGAUGAUGAUGGUAACAGCGAGGGAGCGAUCGACGCUGGUGGACCUCGAAGAGAGUUUCUCCGACUGCUCAUCAAAGCCGCUAAUGAGCAUGCUGGGCUAUUUUACGGCAAGCUGGAUCAGAGAGUCCUUUUUCCAAAUGCGACAGGUAUGAGAAAUUACGAAAAAGACUGGACUGAAAAGAGAACAAAGAAAAUACUCAAAAUUAGUAAUAUAAUGUUUUCUAUUUAUGCUAUUGCAGCACGUGCCAAAGGUCAUUACAAGCUUGUUGGUACGAUCAUCUGCUGGUCAUUGGUGCACGGAGGCCCAGGGGGAAAUUUUUUUAGCAAGACGCUUUUUGAUGCCAUUGCAUUUGGAAUUGGGACGAAAGACGCUGAAAUAAACGACAUUCAUGACAAUGAAGUGCUAGAAAAGAUUAAUAAGGUACUGACUACUUUUUCUUUAUAUAUAAUUGGAGUUUUCCUAUCGUAUGAUUACUCUGUAGCUUGGAAACUAAAAUAUCUAAUGACGUAUAAAAAAAUCUUGGGUGAUCCUAUUAUCAAAUAGAGAUUGGGAAUAACCGAAGUUUGACAGUCAUAAAUAUAACUACAGUAUUUGGCCCUCCGACCAAUUUAUCAAUUCUUGGGUUUCAUAUGACGUCAUAGAUUUCAGUGGGGGUCAACUUUAAAUCGAGACACAGUCCUCGGAGUGAGUCCAUUCUUUACUGUAUGUGUUGACGUUGUGCUUCGUAGCAAAUCGGUGCACUGAUUUCGUGUCAUUUGCUCACUCCCGUUCAGCAUAAGCGCCAAUACAUUUGAGGUUGACCCCCACUCAAUUCACUAUCUAAAACGCUUAAUGAAACCCACCAAUUAGCCAUUCCGAAGUUGAUGAGUGGACUGGGGACAAGUGUUAAAAAGUCCCCUAAUAAAGAAAUGAACCAAAUCACUAAAAAGACCACCUCAAAAUGAGUAAGUAUACAAAGUUUGAAGACGUUUACAUGAAUAACCUACGAAUUAUUACCUUUCGAAGAUUGUGAAAUUGCUGAUUAAAGGAUUGCUUUUGGGACGCGCGAAGUUUAAAGGUUUUUCAUAUUAAUAAUAAACAUGCACUUCUUUAUUAGGUUAAAUUUGCAAACACCCUUGACGAAUUGAAUCGGUAUCUGAAAGAAGAGUAUCUGCAAUGCAUAUUACAAGCCCAAGGUCAUUCCCUCCAGGCGUCAUGUUUCGACGAAAAAUCUAAAUUUGUCAAAGCCAUUUUAAAUUACGUGUUAGUGGAUUCCACCAGGUAUCUACUAGAAGAGCUAAUUGAUGGAUUUAAGGUGAUGGGUGUACUUGACGCAAUAAGACAAUAUCCUGAACAGUUCCUAGAAGUGUUAUGUAAGAACGAUACCAAGUUAGAUGCGAUCAUGGUCGACCUUAUUUUUGAAGUCCACUUAGCGGAAGACGGUACAAAUAUACGUCCAACUCAAGAGAGAGCUGUAGUAUUUUGGAGAGAUUUCUUGCAAGAUUGUUGCGGUAAGUAGCACAUAGUACAUACAGCAAUAAUUUCACACCCCUGCUUAUGAGAUAUCACUGUAGUAUAAGGCAUAAUCAAAUUAAUUUUUUAACACUAAGUAGGCUCGUGGAAAUGUACCCGGUAUAUAUUUGUAUCUUUUCACGAUCUGUUACACUUACUUUAAAUUAUGAAAUUAGAUUAUGAUAAUUACGAUAAUACACCAAAACAACUACAAUAAAAACUAGAGGGCACUCAGAGACUGCAUACCUCCGCCCGUUACUCGGAAGUGAAAGGCAACCUUGGAAUUUCCUAAGAAAUCCACUUUACAAUUCUUAAGCAUAAAAGAUUUCAGGCCCCCGCGAAUUGAAAUCGAAUUGCUAAUAGAACAUAUUACUGUUGUUGUGCUGUACAGUACUUGUAAAAUAAAAACUUAUUAAGUGUCAUUAAAUAAAUGCAUAAAUUUUGCUUUAUGCACUCGCGCGUGCAGUAAUUUUCACAGUUGUGCUAUUUUAAAUUCCCAGGCAGCUAAAAUCUUUUGUCUUUAAAACAAUGUCGAUUUCUUGGGAAAUUCCGAGGUUGCGUUCUUUUUAUACACCCUGUAUUGAAGUAAUCUAAUGUUGUUAGAAUUUGAAUGGACUGGCACUUUGCUGAACGUAAUAAUGCGUAACUCCGUAAGCCUUGUUUUAGACAUUGAAUUUCGGUCGCGUGAAAUGCAACUAAGACAAUAGAUAAUGAAGGCCGAAGCUUAAUGAGGUUUAUCAUCUCAUUAUUGUCUUAGCACUGAGUGCAUAAAUUAUACAUGUCCUAAUUACGCAUUCAGUAAUAUUUUUUGUUAAUUGACCGGGAAAAGCAAGACAAAAUUUUGUUCAUUUCUCGUUCAAUUUUUAACCAAAUUCAACCAAAUUAUAAUCAGUUCUUCCUUAGCCGAUGGGAAAUGCAUUCAAAAAUUUCGUACGGAUAUGUUUGGUAUUUCUUGAGUUAUCGUGCUCACAGACAAACACACACACACAUACACUCACACACACAUACACACACACAUACACACACACAUACACACACACAUACAAACCCAGAUGAUUACAUAACCUCCUGGCGGAGGUAAUAAUUAUAAUAUAGUCAUCCACCAUAUAUGAGCUAUUCUGCAAUCUGAUUGGUUGAGAUACUUGCAGUAUAUCACCUCAUAUACGGUGGGUAGCAAAAACAAAAUGGUGGAAAAAACUAAAUUAAAGAGUUUUGCGAACCGGAAAACAGCGAAAUAUUCGCUUUAGAAGCGACAAAAACGGACAGUAAGGAUUCAAAAAUCAUUGACAUGGUAGGAAAUACAUUUAUUAAACUGGAAGUUUCUGCAAAUUAUUGAUAGCAAAAACAUGUUUACGAAAAAUAUUUUUCGAAAAGCCACACGGCUGAAAAAACAUGUUUUGCAGUCUGUAAGUACUUUAUACUUUACUCAGACAUAAGGGGUGUCUGUUCUAUUUUAAAAACGUAUCAUAUACGGUGGAUGUCUAUAUUAUAAAACAAUUAUACCAUUCGCUCUCGUCGUAUAUGAACUGAUAGCAGACUCGGUUGCGCCUCGUCGGCUAUCAGCUCAUCGGUCAGUAUAAUCUGCAGACUGCGGACUGCAGACCGGACUGGGUACAAAAUGCAGACUGGGGGUAUAAAAUGCAGACUGAGGAUAAAAUGCAGACUGGGGGUGAAUUAGGGAUAUUUUACAAAUUCCCGCCAAGCCAUAGUCACGUGAUCGUUCUUGUUGAUAAUAUUAAUGUUGAAGCUAGUCACUUUCAUCAAAAUGGGCCACAGCGAUGUAGAGGUAUUGAUAUUAUAUGAAUAUUUAUAUUAGUCUGCAUUUUAUCCUCAGUCUGCAUUUUAUACCCCCAGUCUGCAUUUUGUACCCAGUCCGGUCUGCAGUCUGCAGUCCGCAGUCUGCAGAUUAUACUGACCGAUCAGCUCAUAUACGACUCGAUCGAGCUCAACGCAUAAUUGUUAAUUAUAGUUAAUGUGUGAUAAAAAAAUAACAGAAAAAAAUCCAAGCACAUUGUCUCUAAUUUCGUGAAGUAUAUGUAUACAAGUAUAUGUAUCGGAACUGGGUCCGACUUUAGCUUUAAAGUCAGAUGUACUGACAGUACUGUACAGUACUGUACAGUACAGUACUGUACAGUACAGUACAGUACUGUACUGUACUGUACCGACAGUACCUUACUGACAGUACGUUUCUUCCUUUUGUUUAAUAGACGGAGAGUCUGCCAUCACCCUGGCUGAUGUACUAAUAUUCGCAACAGGAGCAAGUCAGCCACCGCCAUUGGGUUUUAACUCAACACCCGCACUAGAAUUUACAGCUGGCAAAUUUCCCACGGCAAAUACCUGUGGCGUGACAUUGUAUAUACCAUUAUUGUACGGGGAAUACGAAGAGUUUAAAGACGCGAUGGAAUUCGCAAUACAAAAUUCGCCAUCUUUUGGUCAUGCUUGA